GACCAAUCAAAAUUGUCUAUCAUGUCUUAACAAAAUAACACAAUUAACUAAUAGUAUCUUAGGAAAUUCUUGCGACUACAAUCGAAAAUCUGAAAAGUUUAAUAUCCUAGAAAAUUUUAAAGAACUGUCAUAAUUUUUUCCACAUGAAUAACCAUUGUUAAUUAUUAUUAUCUAAUUAAAUGUAACUGGAUAGUAACCAAUUUAUCAUUUGUUAUAUAUAAUUAGUUAUUAACUAUUUGUGAAAAAAAAAAUCAUUGUAAAUGGAUUACGACUUCAUAAAUUUAUCUGAUUGCAUCUUAACUCUUGGAGAUAUACAUCCAAUUUAUAAUCAUUGCAAAUAUCAAAAAUGAAAUGUAAUAAUCAUAUUUGACAAAGUGGUUUCCUAAAUCAGUCCAACUACUUCAUGAAAUAAGAUGGAUGCUGAAAAUCGUGUCAUUUUGAAUGUUGGCGGGAUUCGCCAUGAAACAUAUAAGGCAACAUUGAAAAAGAUACCAGCUACACGCCUAUCAAAAUUAACUGAAGCCUUAGCAAAUUAUGAUCCUGUAUUGAAUGAAUAUUUCUAUGAUCGUCAUCCAGGUGUUUUCUCUCAAAUACUAAAUUAUUAUCGUACUGGUAAACUUCAUUAUCCCGUUGAUGUAUGCGGUCCACUGUUUGAAGAGGAAUUGGAAUUUUGGGGAUUAGAUGCUAAUCAGGUUGAACCGUGCUGUUGGAUGACGUAUACAGCACAUCGUGAUACACAAGCCACUCUACAAAUUUUAGACAAAGUUGAUAUGGAUAAUGAUGAUUAUACACCGGAGAGUUUGUAUAAACGUUUUGGUCUAGAAGAAGAAUAUACAUGUAAUGAACUUAAUUCAUGGCAAAAGUAUCGUCCAAAAGUAUGGGCUUUAUUUGAAUUACCACAUUCAUCAAUUGGAGCUAAGUUUAUUGCUCUAUUGUCUGUUACCUGCAUUAUUCUUUCUAUAUUGGCCUAUUGUUUGGAUACAGCGCCAACAUUUCUUACACCAUCUUUAAUAACAGAAGAAAUCAUUGGAAAUAUUGAUGAUGAUAAUAAUAAUAAUAAUAAUAAUGUAAACAAUAAAUAUUCCACUUCUCAAUCAUACCAUCAUAAUAAUAAUAAUAAUCCGUAUAAAUUAAUAUUUGAAGAUAUUAGAGAUAAACAAAAAAUAAGUAAUAUAACUAUAUUAACAAAAAAUUAUUCAUCAUAUUAUCAAUAUUCAAUAUUUAGUGAUAAACGACCACAAAAAAGUAGUAUCUUUAUUUAUAUUGAAUGUAUAUGUAAUUUAUGGUUCACAUUAGAAUUAAUUGUACGUUUCACUGUUUCAAUGGAUCAUAAAGAGUUUGUAAAAAAUUUAAUUAAUCUAAUUGAUAUUGGUGCAUUACUUAGUUUUUAUACAGAAGUUAUAUUAUUAAAGUAUAAUGUGAAUGAAAUAAUAAUUUCACCAAUAGUUGAAUUUUUUAGUAUUGUACGUGUUAUGCGUUUAUUCAAAUUAACAAGGCAUAUAUCUGGUUUAAAAAUUCUUAUAUUAACAUUUAAAGCAAGUGCAAAAGAAUUCUCUUUAUUAAUAUUUUUUUUGGGAGUAUUUAUUGUACUAUUUGCUGCAUUAAUAUAUUAUGCUGAACGAUUAAGUACAAAUCCACGAAAUGAUUUCACAUCAAUACCAAUUGGUUUAUGGUGGGCUAUAGUAACUAUGACAACUGUUGGAUAUGGUGAUAUGGUGCCAAGAUCAUAUGCUGGGAUGAUUGUUGGUGCAAUGUGUGCAGUAACUGGUGUACUGACGAUUUCUUUACCAGUUCCCGUUAUCGUGUCCAAUUUUUCUAUGUUCUAUUCACAUACACUAGCACGAUCAAAAUUGCCAAAGAAACGAAGAAGAAUUUUACCUGUAGAAGCUAUUCGACCAAAACAUAAAUCAAAUUUUAUGAGUGGACAUGAAAGUGGUCAUCACGUUGGUGGGUAUAUGAGUGAUGCGAUGGGUUUGAAUAAUUUAGCUAAAGGCAUUGUACCACAUAUUGUCCAACCAAUUAUGAAAUCUAAAUACACAGAUAUCAACAGUUGCCCACUAUUAAAUGAGAAUUAUCAAAACAGACGGAAAAUUUCCAUUCCCAGUGAAUCACGUUUGAAUGAAUUAUCAAACAAUCCUUAUGGAAUGCGAACCAGACGCGCAGCAGUUAUAGAUGCAUCAGAUCUAUCCUUAGAACAAGGGGAAAAUGAUGAUAGCGAAAGUGUUACGGUUGCAGAGAAGUCUUCAAAAUCAGAAUUGAGACCAACGGAUACAAUACAUAAUAAUGCUGGAACAAAUACUAAUCAACAUAUGACAAAUUCAGUUGGUUCUUCAACCAAGAAAACAGACAAUGAUCGUCGUAAAUCAAAUCAACUGUCAUAUUCUACUGAACACACUAUGGAAUAUCAAUCAUCUCAUCCCUAUUAUCAUAAACAGGAUAUUUCAAUGAAUAAUAUGAAUGAAACAGAUGCUCAUUUCUCUUCAAUUACUUGUUAUUCUGAAUUACCUCAGUCUACAUCAAUGUGUGAUGGACAAUUAAAUAUUCAGAAUAAUAGUAAUAGUAAUAUUAACAAUUGUAAUUCACUGCCAAGUCCAUGGCUUGCUACACCACCGGUUGGACAAAAUCAUGAAAAUGAUGAUGUAAUUUGUUAAAUUUUAGUCAAUAAAAUAAACACAUAAAGCCUUACAAUAUGUCCAAUAUCUUCAUUAUAAAUUAAUUGCAUGUUAUAUGUAACUAUUUAUGAAUAUCUUCACCCCAAAUUUAUGUAUAGGUAGAGUUAUUUGCUUAUAAUAAGAAUAAAAAAAUGUUUAUUUUAGAACAAAAACAAUGAAUAAAUUAUCAUAAUAUAGACAGAGAAUCUUAUUUACUAUCCACCUUGAAAUUCUGUAGUUUCAAUUUGAAUAACACGUUUGAAAUAGACUGGUGACUUUUAU